CGCGGGCGGCCGAGACUCCUCGGUUGGCGAAGCGGGCGGAUGAUGGGGACGGAGCAGCGCUGCGGCGGGGGCCCCUUCUUCACCCUGGCCGAGGUGGCCAAGCGCAACACCGAGAAGGAGACGUGGCUCGUCAUCCACGGGCGCGUCUACGACGUCACCCGCUUCCUGAACGAGCAUCCUGGCGGAGAGGAGGUUCUGCUGGAGCAGGCUGGCCGAGACGCCACGGAGUCCUUUGAAGAUGUGGGCCACUCGGCGGAUGCCCAGGAGAUGCUCACUCAGUACCUCAUUGGAGAGGUCCAUCCGUCUGACUGCAAACCUGGGAGCUCCAAGGUUCCAGGGAAACCGACAUCAAACGAGUCCAGUGUGUGGGCGGUCUGGCUGAUCCCCAUCGUGGGUGCCUUGGUCCUGGGCUUAAUGUACCGCUAUUACGUGAUGGACGGGAGGUCGUCUUGAUGUGGGAUCUUGCUCAGCCUUGCCAAUUGGGAAGCAGCUGGCCUUUCCAAGGAGUGCAGUUCUGCUACGUUCUGGCGACCAUCCACCUUCCAGCUCUUGUCCGUCACUAGUCAGCCUCACCGUCCAGGUGCCUGCAAAGCUGAGCUGGGAUCUGGGAGGGCCCCACCACACUGCUGCUGCUGCCUCAGGGGAACCCACAGCUGCCAGCCAUCCCUCCGUGACGAUCUCCAUCCCUCGUCAUCAGCUUUGCAAGUGGUUUUUCAUUGAGCAGCAGCUUCUGGCUUGUGUUGGUGGGCACCUGUGACCCAUGUCACCCUGUCCCAUUUGACCUAAGAGAAGGGAUGACAUGCAGUCAGCAUUCCUGUCUAGAAUGAGACCAGCACGAGAAAUGGUUCCACCAGCGCAGCUGGGCAGCAUGACCAGAACAGCAGUGCCCCACUUGCGUCAGAAUGUUUCUCUGUGGUCUCUUUGUUUUUGAAAUGGUUAAACGUUCGUGUUUUCCUGGCUUCUGGUUUGCCUUUUUAAUGUCUUCCUACCUGCUCUGUAAUAAAAAAGCUCCCUAAGUA